AUGGGUGCAUUAGGCUUAGGUUCUGCUUUAGCAAAUUGCAUCAAUCUCUCAAAUUUGACACUUUACCUUUCUGAAAAUUAAAUAGGUGCAGAAGGUGCAUCAGGCUUAGGUUCUGCAUUAGCAAAUUGCAUUAAUCUUUCAAAUUUGACACUUAACCUAGAUCGCAAUUAAAUUGGUGUAAUAGGGGCAUCAGGCUUAGGUUCUGCUUUAGCAAAUUGUAUUAAUCUCUCAAAUUUGUCACUUUAUCUGAAUGAAAAUUAAAUGGGUGCAAAAGGUGCAUCAGGCUUAGGUUCUACAUUAGCAAAUUGCAUUAAUCUCUCAAAUUUGGCACUUUACCUUUCUCGCAAUUAAAUGGGCGCAAAGGGUGCAUCAGGCUUAUGUUCUGCUUUAGCAAAUUUCAUUAAUCUCCCAAAUUUGACACUUGAUCUUAGUCGCAAUUAAAUAGGUGCAAAGGGUGUAUCUGGCUUAGGUUGUGCUUUAGCAAAUUGCAUUAAUCUCUCAAAUUUGACACUUAACUUAGAUCAGAAUUAAAUUGAUAAUGAAGUUUCAUAAAGCUUAGGUCCUGUUUUAGCAAAUUGCUCUAAUCUCUCAAGUUUGACACUUGAUCUUAGUCAAAAUUAAAUUGGCAACAAAGGUGCAUCAGGCUUAGGUUCUGAUUUAGCAAAUUGUAUUAAUCUCUCAAAUUUGACCCUUAACCUUUAGGAAAAUAAAAUUGGUGUUGAAGGUGCAUUAGGCUUAGGUUCUGCUUUAGCAAAUUGCUGUAAUCUCUCAAAUUUGAAACUUAACCUUUAAAGACAAUUUUUUUAAUUUCAUAAGCCAGCAUUAAUGAAUAAAUCAUAAAAGUUCAAAGUAAUAAGCAAAUGUCUUAAAUCAAAAAGAUUAGUUAUCUUUCAAAUAUAAUUCGACUGA